CAUCGAGAAUGUUACAGGUGCAGGGUGGUGUGCGCCAAGUUGCGAGUGUCGUGCGUCACUCGCCGUUGCUCACAGCCUGUCCCUGGGAUCCUCUCUGCCCGGCACCACAGCGGUAGCGGCGGGCGCCUCCACAGUGCCACCUGCGGAGCGGCAUUCGACUCGAUUGGGCAUUGCUCGCGGCGCAUCCCGUCGUCGCACCCGCCAUGGCCGCGUCGUGCGCUCUCGUCGCAUCGCCGGCGCUUUCGUGCUCCGGCCGCACAUCGCGUGCACCUGCCGUCACCUCCUCCUCCUCCUCCUCCUCCUCCUCCUCCUCCUCCUCCUCCUCCUCCUCCUCCUCCUCCUCCGCCCGCAGCCGCUGCUCCGCCAGGCUGCACUCGCAUGCGGCACCCACCUCCUUGCCAGCCGCAUGGAAGCCAACAGCGCCCCCUGCAGGUCCCCCCUGUAUAGUCACAAGGCCCAGGCGAGUGCGCAGUGUGCGGGCGGCAGCAGAGGACGGCGAUGUGGGCGGCAUAGCAGCCGUUGUGGGUGGUGCAGUGGCGGUGGUGGGGGCGGCAGCAGUGCUGCUGGGGCUGCAGCAGAGAGGGGGGAGCGGGGAGGGAGGAGGGGAGGGCAAGGUGCCUGCUGCCAAGGUGCCAUGCAGUGCCUGCAGCGGCGUGGGCAUCUGCGCGGCCUGCCAGGGCGAGGGUUUCGUGAGCAAGGCUGGGAGCGGCACGCAGCGCGCGCGUGGGCUGGGGUCGAGCCCCAAUGUGGCGCAGAGGAACACCGCCAGGUUGUCCAACAAGUGGCGCUACUGUGUGGCGUGCAACGGGGCCCGCGUGUGCGGCACGUGCGAAGGAAGAGGAACGGUGGACGCAUGAGCGCAACUGUAUCAGGAUGGCCGUAUCAUACGACAGAGCGGGUACAUGGGUUAGACACUCUGCUAAAUGCGUAGGUGAUGCGGAUACAGCACUAUUAUUACUGCCUCAAUUACUCCUGGCCUGCCACUGCUGCCGAGGCAGGCUGUUAGAGGUGGCGUGGAGCGAGGAGGGUGUGGCGUGCAGGAAGGAACACAUU